AUGGAAAAUAUAUACGACUACUCGUCCUCUGAAGAUUCUGACACCGACGAGCUUCCUCCGGUACCCGAACUAAACAUAUAUCUGCAAAAUUAUUCCAACCAAUUUGACAUGUCGAGCAUAUUUGUGUAUAUUCCUUGGAACCCAUCUCUCUCGGUCCUCAACCACUUGAAGCUGAUUUGCAAUAGAACCAUUAAACAUGUGCACACUAGGAACCCAGGAGUGGGUAAAAAGUACAAUUGGAACAUUGUGGGUGCACCGUCGAAGGGUUUGGAUGGACGGUUCAGUGUGACCAACAACCAGUUGCUUAGAAGCCACCAUAUUACACUCUUUCCGAAUGUCAGAGGAGAAUCUUACAAGAUGAAACAAUAUAUCGAGAAUGUUAGUGGGUCCCUAUCCAAUAUGCCUAUUCCUGCAAGCUUGGUACAAGAGGACUCCAAGGAGGCUGAAAGAAUUAGUAAUCUCAACCGGAUUUUAUUCCAGGCCACUUCUACGAAAGAAGGCCUUCAAAACAAGGAAAAAAAAUACGUUUCCUUGAACUUUGAGCCGAAGUUGAGUUUCUAUACUAGUUCCACCACAAAUAGCAUAUUCAUAGCUGGUAAGGUUCGCCUCACCCCGGACUCGACUAUAUUUUUCAAAAAUAUAAACCAGAUAAUCGUUGAUAACAUCAAAUUGCUUGAUGUAACAAGCGAGCAGUCCCCUAUUGAGCAGGACUAUCAUAUCUCCUUGAUCCUAGGCGAAUUAAAGGGUUUCGAGACAAAUCGUGCUGAAGUUGGAAAAUUGAUCCGGCUCAUGAAAGAGUUGGAUUUUACAAACGAACUUGAGAAUAUUAACAUCAGCAUAAAUUCCUUAAGAAUAAAUGAAAUAUCCUCAUCUAGAAACUCCUACGAAGUUCCUCUCAAUAUAUAA